AUGGCUGCUACUUUUGUUGGAAAUUCAACUGCCAUCCAAGAACUCUUCAAGCGAAUUUCUGAACAGUUCACUGCGAUGUUCAGGCGAAAGGCUUUCCUUCACUGGUAUACCGGCGAGGGCAUGGACGAGAUGGAGUUCACGGAAGCAGAGUCUAACAUGAACGACCUCGUAUCCGAAUACCAGCAGUAUCAAGAGGCCGGUAUUGAGGAGGAAGAAGAGGGAUUCGAAGAAGAAGAGGAUUAA